AUGCAAAUGCAUCAAGCCCGUCACCCCCCGGCAAUUCUCCCUGACAUAGCGUGCGUUUCUGACCAAGCGCCCAUAGGUGUGUCUUCACAGGCCGCCUACAAUACUGAUUCUAUGAACGUCGAUAUUCCUACUUCAUUACAGCCAGGGAAACAGCUCCACAUUGCUAAGCACAACAGUGUUCUCCACGCUAAUAUUGCUUUAAUUACAAUGAUGCUCCAGGAAGCUGGCGCCAGUCCGGAGUUUAUUCAGGAGCUGACAAGGUUGAAGCUUCCCCACGCUCGCAGAGAGCCAUUUAUCGAAACCCACAUAGAUGGAGCUAUGACUUCUAUUUCCUCUAUACUUCCACGACCCAGUGUUUUCGGAUAUAGCCUUGAGUUCUAUGAUAAAUACGAUGACCUUCUGCAGUUGUCUAAUAGGGUUCUCAGUGGAGAAAUCUUACAUGCUACUAUGUAUAAGCGCGACAUCAGCUCUGAUAGUUCACACAUCGAUUUAUCCAAUUACGCCGUCUAUGAGGACUACUCUUUAUUUCUAAAGCACUUAGAAACCACUUAUGCUAUUGAAAAUGUCUGUGUUAUUGGUUUUAAUGAGUCUGAACGGAAGUUUCUUGUGGCACCAGAAAGUAUUUUUGGUGAUGGUUCAAAUCCGCCUUCAGGAGAGACAUUAAGAGGGUCAAGCUAUUUGUGCGCUCGCCUUAUGCUAAAGUUUUCUACUACUGACCAUCCUUUAGACAGAGAUUCUAUCUUUUUUAAGCGACUUUUUGAGGCUCAUAGGCUCAAGGCGACCGUCGAGCGCUCUUAUAUUUUGCACACGUUUAUUACUGCUCUUAUUAAGUCUAUCCAAUACAUCGACUCGUUCAGCAGGGGCGAGCUUGGCAGAUCGAUUACGAACAUUCCUCUCUUACCAAUUAUUAAGGCACUAAGAUUGAGCCCUGCUCUUAUUGCACGUACGGGUUGCGAGGUACAAAUAAUUCGUGGGAUAUCCCCUGGCCCAGAGUUUUUUGAAGAUCUUCUCAUUAAGUAUUUUGCCAAGAACGUAACCAUUCAGCAAAUCCUAAAGAAUAAUGUCUUUUACCCGCUUUUAGACUCUCUUCUCACAGAUGCAGAGGUGGACUACAAGCGUGUGCAUAUCCUUAAUUCACUUGGACGCUGCCGUCUUCAAAAUGCAGACCUCGACAGGUUUCUUCUAAAGUAUGGUAUUGAUAGGCAACUAACAGACUGCGAGUACUUUUUGAAAUGUUACAAUCAUAAGCAUGUGUAUCCAGUUCUUCAACAUAGUACUUCUCGCGGAGGCGUCAUUAAUAUGCGAACUGUGCUUGUUGGAACUUUCCCAAUCACUGAGCGACAGGUUCAUUAUAGUGAGAACCAGUCAGCCCAUCAGGAGCUCGCAUUUAAUAGCACCUCGGAUACCCAAGCAACAUUAGAGUCUAUUGCUUGCCAUAAGGAAGCAUUUAUGAAGGCACGUCUUCAUCUAGAAAAACAUCACUACUUUUACUCUACCUCUCUACAAGGUGCCAUGUUUCGUUUCAGACUAGAUUGUACAGAUUUUUUUGGGAGCAAUCUCGUGCUGUUUCAUCCAAUUGUCUUAGGAAGCUCAGCUUGCGACUUUGUACGGCAUGUCCUCGCAUCUGGUGCCCUUGAUUCGACGCAGAAGAGCUCUUUUUACUCAAAGAUUCUAGACAUUUCCGUAUCCGACAAGCACUGCUUACGUAAACAAGACCAUGAGAUUGCGGAUCUCUACCAAAACUUUCUUGAGGAACAGAAGACAUUUCACGAAGAUCUUCAAGCUACACAUUCUCAAGAACAUGUCAAUUUUCGCCGCUUUGGAGAUGGAAUCCUGUAUUCCGAUGGGCGUUACGAGUACUAUGUGGGAAGACAGCGUAUUUUACUGCCUGAAAGUAUAACUAGUGGCGAUUAUGUCAGUUGUAUUAGAAACAUUGCUGAGCAUCAGCAGGCUAUUUUUCGUCAGCGGGGAGAGAAUGUCCUGUCAAUUUCUCUCAUACAUAGCGCCACUGAUAUAGAUACCCAUAUUUACCGAGGCGAGAGCUUCAGUUUCUUUAGGGGCUGGAAGAGCCAAUGUCUCUUUGACUCCUUGAAUUCUUUUGUCACUACUAUCUAUGAAACCAUCGACGCAAUUUUUCUGCCCCGACUAGCACAGUAUCUUUUUCCAUUAAUGGCUCUCCAGGAAGUAGAGCGUCGUCAUGCCUCCAGAAUCUGUGAUGAAAUUUUUACACAGGCCUUAACAGAAACAAUCGAUCACACAUAUGAUUUGUUUCUUGAAGCAUUAAAAGAUAAGCGAAGAACACCUGACUUGAGCUUCAUGAAUCCAGAUGGGUUUAUAAACAUAAGCUUAACGCAGCAGAAGCAGCAAGGGGGGUGUGGUAACACUUUGCAGCAUGCCAACGUUCCCCCAGCAGAUACCUUACCUAAUACUUAUAUGGAUUCCUCUAUUGCGACUAGCAAGCUACAAGCAUCAAUGCCACCCAUACAGCUCAGUGACCUUGAAGUUGUGGGCAAGGAUAUUAUUAUUAGGAAGGGAAAUAGAGCCUUUCUAGACCCACGAAAUAACACGCUGACGCGGCUAGUUAAGGCUAUUUUGUUUGAAAUAGAAAAGCUGGCUAACAGAGGAAUGAGUUUGUUGGAAUAUGGCGUUUUUAACUAUGAGAAUUGGCCCAAAGAUGCACUACUCAAGUCAUCUACCCCAACGUUCCUUUACAACUCUAAGGAGAAGAUCAAAGAGCUUAUUCUCAAUAUGAUUCACCUGGGUUUGCACAGCGCCGGUACGCUCCCGAAGUAUUUGCUCGAAGUUCCUGUCACUUAUCCCAUGGAUUCGGUCCCCUUGGUUGAAGUUGUUGUUCAGUUAGCUGUCAACCCUGUAUCUUCUGACUACUCCGAGUCUAUAGGGCUUUAUGCAUGUGCUUAUGAGGAGACAUCUAAAGCUGUUUCCAAAUGGUAUCAGCAAAACCUCUAUCAGUUGGACCUCCUCUUUGAGCAAGUGGCUAUCAGCUCAUUUUUAAAAGAAAGCGAGAUAGAAGAUCAGCAGCAAGCAUCUCCUACCGAGCUCCCAGAGAAGUACACUGUCUUAGAAUGCUAUAAGGAUAAGUACACAACAACAGGAUAUGGCACUAAUAGAUACCUCCGCAACGAUACUGCCUUCCAAGUUUUCGAAAAGAAUCCAGAGCCAGACCACAGUCGUACUGAUCUUUCUGUAACAUCAGUGACCCAAACAACCUGUCCCAGCGACAAUCUUCAGAGCACAAUGGCUGAACUGUUAGAAGAGACCAUUAUCACUGCUAAUGAUUGCUUUGUAUCGGUUACUGAUAGCACGCUACCACACUUUACUUUGGAGCCAUCAAAAUCAGAAUUUAUGACCAAGCUUUCUGGACUAUUCGACUGUUACGAUACUUUUGCUUCGCAGUUUGUGUCAUUCUAUGAUAGCAUUUCUGUAGAUCCAGAAAGGAAGCGCCUAAAACCGCCAGAGUAUGCAUAUGGGUUUAGAUAUGUCAAAGAGAAGCGCCACACAUGUCUCGACUAUACAGAAUAUUGCUACCAACUGGCCGAAGUUGUUCUAGAGAUUUGCAACAUAAUUUGCUCCGCUAUCUUCAAUCGAACGUUGGAUGCUAAAUUGAAAAUGUGGGCAGACAUCAUCUCCAAUGCCAUGGACCUUCCCUACUAUAACCUGUAUCACUCCACAAGCGAAACCAGCAUUGAAGACUUUGACUAUGUUCCGUUGCGACCUGUGGGCGUCACAUCUUCUUCAUCUAAUGUUGUGGAUAAGAAGGAUCAUCAAUUUGAGGAAGUUGACCUUGAUAUUAUCCGAGAAAUAACAAGUCCUCUUCAGAUCCAAGAGCUUUCGCGAAAGGUGCGUAAAGGUCAGAUAGAUGUCACAGAUAAUUUCUUGCAUAAAAUCAAAGCAUACUAUUAUACAUCAGAGUAUUGGGCAACAGUGAAAAGCACCUUUGAUGAUAGAAUGAGCAUCAAUGCGUUUCUGAGUCUUGUUGGAAAAAAAUCUGAGGCAACCAUGAAAAGAACGGAAGUGCAGGAGCUUAUUUCUACCGAGGUUGUUAAAGCUAUUAUUUAUUACCGCAGCAUGCAGAUACUGGUCCAAGAGCAUCUUUUCCCAGAUACUAUACGUUACGGAUUUAUUUGUAUCACAACGACGCCAGCUAAGCAGGCAAUGGAGCACCGUAUUAGUGCAAUCCUAUGUGCAUUAGGAUCGAUUGUAACUGCUCGUGCAUGGACACUAAUAGAGUAUAGCAAUAAGAUUCUUCAAGCAAUACAGAUUCAAUGUUCGUAUACCCCAUCUGUACCAGUAGAGUGGUAUAUGCUUAGAAGGUUUGUUAAGUUCUACAUAAAGCCGCUUCAGCACUUGAUACAUGAUUUGAACAACGAGGCAGUAUCGUACUUGAAUAACAUUCUUACUGUGCUACCUCUAAAGGAGCUUGCCCAUAUUAAGCCACAGUUUGAUCUCAGAAUUCAUUUAGAAGACCCAGAAAACUGGGCAGCGGUCAUUAAGCGACUGUCUGAUCCCGCAGCUGGGGUGCCAGAUGAAUCAAGGUAUGAGUCAGACGUUAUCUCCAUGGCUAGGACAACACAGUUUUCAUGGAUAUUUAAUAGGUUUAUUGGGCUACGCAUGCACACAGAUGCGAUCUAUCAUCCAUACAAACUGGCGUCUCAUCUUUAUUCUAGUAGGUCGCCCUUUGGUCUGAAUAAGCUAAUUACACAGUCUCUUAUUCCAUCUACUGAGGGAAUCAUAUCCCAGAGCAAGUACGAUCUUCUUAUGAACUUGGAGGCGCAUCGUGAGGAUCUUACCAAAAGACAGAGUGAUCUCCUUGAGCGAGUCGAGGCAUUCAGCAAACGAAUCCCCGCUCACUUCAAUUUUAAUGAGGCGAGCCAAGACGUUAGCUACAAAUUCUUUAAGGACGGAGAGGCCCUGCAAGCUGAGCUAGCAAAUCUACAACAAGAAUCAUUGAACUUUAUUAAUGACGAAAUUAGCCUAGAACUGGCUCCAGGCACAUUUCCAGUUAUUGAUUUGCUCCAGCCCCGCAUAGAUAUGAUCCACAGAUUCUGGACAAUAACGUAUGAGCAUUGCACAAUUCUUCCAGUUUGGUUUGACUGCCUUCUCUCUGACCUCGCAGCCAAGUAUUCUGGAAGACUAAACGAGUUCAAAGAAACAGUUUUUAACAAAUAUGUCCAGGUUGCAGAUGUUUUAAGUCUCAUUCAAACUGCAGCCCGCAAGGAAAAGUCUAAGACCAUGCUUGCAAGCUUAGCAAAUGGUGAGAAAAUACUUCUAAAGGUGCAGUCCCACUUAGCGUGGUUUAAACACUACUCCCCUGUCAUCGUCGCCCUUUUAUCACCGGCACUAAAACGUCGCCACCUAGACCAACUGCGAACGAAAGGAAUCUUUCUAAAUCUAGCAGAGCAUACUGUUUCCAAAUUAGUAGAGCGCAAAGUCUUUCUGGAUCUCUCAGAACCUAGCAUUCAAGAUAAGGGCUUUUCACACAGAGCAAAACUUAUUCUAGAAGUCAUAGAACACGCGCAAAAAGAGCACGAUAUUGAGCUUUCGUUUGGAAAGAUUGAAGCAAUCUGGAAGACAGUUUCUUUUGAAUUUAAAGUUUUGUCAGGAGAUCGCUACAAAAGCUACUCAGCACUUUAUUCCACACACAGAGCAGAUGUACACAAUGUGCCGGCCGUGCAUCCACUUUCGAUUGCAAAGGCCAAGGUUCUGGAUGAACAUGGCCGCGAGCUUUGCCUGAACUUAUCCACCAGUGGCUCUAAUGACCGUGUACAUUCCCAGUUAGACCUCGAAAAGCGCCCUUAUGUGAUAUCAAAUCUGGGAUUUAUCUUACAAUUAUAUCAAGAUCAUUUUCUCUUGACCAACAAGCUUUUGCAAUCACAACACGUCACCCCAAUGCAACGCGUGAUCCAACAGUUUACUGAGAAGCAGCUUAUCGUCAAGGAAAUCCUUCUAUUGAUACAGGACAUUCAGGAUAGCUGGCUUCGACUGUAUCCCAUCUACGUUGGCAAGUACACGGAGUUCUUUGGCCACAGAGCCACUGAGUUUAUCAAUCUUACAAUCUGCAUGCAAACAGUGUUUUUAGGGUUUAUCAAUAAUUGCAACGUGCAAGGCAAUAUAACGAUCGCCGGGAAUCUCAACCAAGUAGAUAAGCAAAUCGAAUUGGGGUUAAGGGAUGGCACAAUAAAGUUUUCAGAGGUGCCGCCCAAUCAGCUCCUGACGCCUCUUCUUUUUUACUACAAGGCGUUUCUGGAUCACUUGAAUGCGCGUAUGUACUCUCUUGUGGACACUAAGCGCCAAGGAUUUUUUAGGUUCACUUUUAUGAAUACUAAUGAAAUUGUCAAAAUACUCUCUGCUUUACCUGGAAGCGCAGACGCUGUCCUUACUCCGCUUCUUCAUCUAUACAGCCUUUCUGACUAUUCAAUAGAGAAACACAACGAACAGCUUUUACUAACUACUGUUUUCUCAAAAAGUGGUGAGACCAUCCGACUAGCGGACCCUGUAGAUGUCACAAAAGAAGUAGAUGUGUGGCUGACCACCUUUGAUGAUGUGUUCCGCAAAACUAUGCGCAAGCUCUUUUAUGACCUGUAUGUCGAUGUUUUUGUUGAUAAGAUGGAGCCCAGUGUGGCCUUUCUCAAGUACCCUUCCUGUACCGUUGGGCUGUUUCUUAGGGUCGAGUUCACGCAUCAAAUGGACGCGAUCUUUGCACAAACAGUUUCGGAGCUAGACACACAUCAUAUGAUACUAAGCCUCCUCGAUGACAUCAACCAUAGAAUCGUCUUUUUCAAGCAGCAAUUUCUCGCCUGUUCUAACAAGCUCCUCUAUAACAACAUUCUUGUUGAAUUGAUGUACUUCAGUAAUAUCGUCUCAACUAUAUGCAAGCAUCCUUUGGCUAGGGAUAAGAGAUUUAUCUAUUACAGAAUCUAUAAGUAUCGUAUUGUUCCCCUCGCUGAUGAUGCAAUUAGUCUUUUGACCAAGACGCUGAGCGCACUAGGUGAUAGCUCUAUCAACUCACUCGGCAGUACGUCUCCAGAUCAGGAUCUGCUUCUCUCUACCAAGGUCAUUCACAGAGAUAUGAAUCCAUCAGACUUUGAUGUCCAGAUUUCGUGCCUUGGAAACUCCAUGCUUUACCGAUUCGACUAUAUUCCGCCCACCACUAGAUCGAUAGUGACAGAACCAGUUGACCAAGCAGCUACGUUUAUCUUUUCGGCAUUUGCUUCGCGAUCUGUUGGGGGUUAUAUCAAGGGAGAGACUGGGAAGACUGAGGCUGUCAAGCACAUCGCCUAUUGCCUCGGCUACAAGCCAUAUAUUAUCAAUCCGACGUAUACUGUCCAUUUUUCUGAGACUACACUUCACCAUAUGAUGCUCACAGCAUGCGCUUUCGGCCUUUUGAUAUGCUUUGAGGAUGUAGAGAAAUUCACAAGUUCGUUGCUAAUUACGCUCUCGCGAAAUUUGGGUCAGGUAUAUGGCAUUCUUAAUUCGUAUACAUCAAUUCAAACACUGGCAAACUGUGCUUCCUUACUCCAUGACAGCAGUAACCACAUGAAGAUAGCAUUGCCGGCGGAGAAUCCAGUCGGUGAAGUGUUCUUGCAUCCUUCUGCGAUCUUCUUCCUGACAACCAACACACCGCUUCCACAUAGUUUCAAUAGGGUUGUUAAACCCUUUAAGUGUCAUCUCACAGAGUCUGCAAUCUAUCACAUAAUCCGAACAUACAUGGAUAUCGCAGGCCUUACAGAAAUUGAAUCCGUAACAUCACAACUCAUGCACAUCAUGGGAGCUAUUAAGCGUCUUUUUGCCCCAUUUUUCGGCCUUAGACAUAUCAAAGACAUUAUCAGCGAGAUGCUUCUUCUCUCUCAAUAUACAGGAAGACCCAUCAAGAAGGCAUUCGCUGAGCAACCUGCUGCAUCUCAUUCUGAUAAUAGUAAUGUCACCAAUGAAAGGGCCAACACAGGACGUGCAGAACCUACUCUGGAACAGCGAGAACCUAUCAUCAGUGCAUCCAAGUUAGUCAACUUAGCAAUCAGAACAGUAGUCAGUCCUCUUUUAGCACCAGCUCAUCGUGUGCCUUUUUAUAACAUGCUUGAUGCAGAGUUUGGGGCGAUAGCCCUCCCACCCAUUACUGAGACGCUGCUGGAUGCCGUGAGAGAGAUAUACAUGGACCCGGCAUUUUGUCAAUCCGUUUAUAGAGAGACAGGCUUAGUUUGUCCUUGCAGUGAUCUGGAUAUUUAUGCACAGUCUAUCCUUUAUACCAACAGUUCUGUCUAUCAGGCAGCUCAGACAGAGUUUAUAACAGACAUUAAGUCCUUCAUAGAAGUUAUAGACCACAAUUACGGAACAGUUGUGGUUGGAAACCAUCUUUCCGGCAAGACGAGCUUUAUCACAAUCUGUUCACAAGUAUACGCAAAGCUUUGCGACUAUGUUGUUAACUUGCGAUUUAUUAACUUUUCAAGCAUAUCUUAUCAUGAGUUUUUUGGAUACUAUUCUUUUAGUGACUGGAUUGAUGGGAUUAUUGCUCGCCUUGUUUCUCGUGCGGAGCUGCACGGUUCAAACGAAGUGUCAUGGAUUAUUUGUGACGGUGUGGGAAAGAUGGAUCACCUGGGAAGUAUAUUGAAUGGCACGAUGUUCCUACCAAACGGCGAAAUUUUACGUUUACCGUCGAACAUGAAGUUCAUUUUUGAAGUGACCAAUCUUAUGCUGGUUCCAGAAAUAUUUAGUGCUAAAUGCGGAUUGUACCAACUGGGAAGACAUGACUACACCGAAGGUUACUUACGAAAGCUCGCUUACUCGCCCAUAGUGACAGGCGAGUCAACCUUGAACCCUCUUGAGAUGCGUUUGCAUGCUGCCUUGCAAGAAUCACUUGGGGAGAUACCGCGUCCCCGUGGAAUUACCCUUUAUACAGAGGAAUCGCUGGAUGGCAGCGAAGAGUUCGAUUCCUCUCUUAAGCCCUGUGCAUCCGAAAUUAUACUUACUCGGCUUCGUCAGCUGGUGCCUCUAGUUAAUCUUAUUGGCCAGGCAAUCAUGUACAAUGCAGUGCCAGGAAAGGUUUAUCGAUUCUAUAACAUUAAUCUUACGCACCAGCAUAGUGGAAACUGCUUGUUCACAUUCACGAGCCUUCCGUGUAUCCUUGAUAUGUAUUAUAAGGUUUUGAUAUCAUCUCUCGUUACCUGGGCGCGACUCACAACGCAACCUGAGAGACUGACAGAACUUGUCGAUAUAUGUACGGUCUAUUCUAUUUAUAACUCUUUUGGGCUCGUCCUUGUGACGGUAGAGGCCAGGCAAUGGUUUGACUGGUUUGUGCGGCUGGUAUUUAAGCUUGUCUCCGACCACUCGCGGUCAUUAACGGAGAGCGAGGUUAUUUUUAUCCAGCGACAUAUAAAGGAGAUCUUCUCGGAUGACAUUAUUUCGACUCUUCGCUCUCUCUCCAAGUCUGACAGCUUCAAGCCGAAACUAACCAGCAUAGUAUGCAACUCGCUACAACUACCGAGCACUAUCAAUAUGCCCACAAGUACUGAUGUACUUGAAGAGUACAUCUUUCGAAUACCUUUGCAUCAACUCUUCUUUGAAAUGCUUUUUGACCCCAAACAAUUCUGCUUUGUGAGCUCAUAUGAUGUCCUUUCUCUUGGCGCACCAGAGUACCUAUCCAAGGUUUACUCUCUGAAGUAUAAUACAUAUGAAGUUAAGCCAUCGUCUGGUGCGCUUAGAUACUAUAUUUUGGCAACUAUGCUUCUCACGUGCGGAUAUACACUAACAAUUCUCGGUAACACGUGUUCCGGAAAAUCGUCCUUUGUACGUAAUCUGUUUAUGAUGAAUCCUUUUCACUUUAGAAAUGACUUCCAUAUUCUCCACAUUUCUUCUCUCUCGGAGCAAAAUGACCCUGACGUUGCAACCGUAAACAUAAAGAAGCUUGUUAAGUCUAAGCUAAACAUGUACACCUCAUCCUUCUAUGCCCCGUAUCCUGGCGCCUGCACCUACCUGAUAUUUGAAGACGCAGAGGUGAUGCCCGCUGCCUGGUUGGAGGUUGCUCGUGAAUAUCAACAAAAUCAAUCCAUCUACGAUAAUAGGACCUAUACCAUUCUAAAAGAUGUGGUCUUCCUGUUCGUCACUAAGUUUUCUAAUGAUUUUAGAAUUGAUGAGCGUUACCUCAAGACCUCCUUCUUCUUACCGUUCUACGAUGUCACGGCAGAUGAGAUGCGGCAGAUCAUUUCCUUCAAGAUGAAACUACCGGAUCCGCGGCUCACAGAAAAGCUUGUGCUCUGCUCGUAUGAUCUUCUCCACGAAGUCAAUGCUUAUUUAAUAGGCGGCUAUUCUACUACAACCGGUACCACUUGCCUCACUACUACUGCGACAUUCGCUCCGUUAGUAUCGUCCAGGGGAAGCUGUGAUCCGGCGCCUCUUGUUACACUGGAAGUUCUUCUUAAUAUAUCUGACCAGAUUGCCAAGUUCAUCAAGCAACUCCCCAAGGAUAUUGACCAAAUGACAAUAGUCAAGCUAUGGAUUCACGAAACGUUCCGCGAAUUCACAGAUAGUCGUAGCAGAGUAUUCUAUCGGACAUUUACCAGCAUUAUUUACACCCUUGUACAAAAGCACUUUGAUAGUGAGGUAGCCUCUCGCCUUAUUGUUCCUCUUGAUGAUCAGCAUGCAGAAAUCUUCGACAUCCUAAUGAACAAACUUAAAGCCAAGUCGCGAACUUUGAGCACUACAGGUUCUUUUAUGCUGAACGAUCCUGUGAGCUUAAAGGGCCAUAAUCCUAUAGGCCUUCCUGCUAUUCAGGAGAUUUCUACAUCUGAUGAAGCUGGUUCCGAAAAUGAGCAUGAUGACUUAGAGCAAACUGACGAGAAUAACUCUCACUUUGUGCCAUUGAAUCCAGAUGCUUCAGACUUUAAUACCAAUAAUAGACUUCAGCUAGAAAAGCGCCAUGUUUCUGCGCUGCCCAUGUUUACUUAUACAUUCAAUGCUAGUGCCAUAAGGCAAGGCUAUCAGGAUGAAAGUAUUGAGGACUUUGCGUCACGUGCCAGUCUACUGGACGAGCAACAUGCACAUGAGGACAGUGGUGACUUACCUGCUCUUGUCUCCCUAUUAAGGUACACAGAAGUGACUAUGAAUGAUAUGAGCAAAGCCAUAGAAGAUGCUGAUAACGACGACCAUGAAGUUGAGGCUCCUGCAAAUGGUAAAGGCGAAAUCUUAAUUCACCACGCCAAGCGCAAUAGUUGUUUCGUUACGUCUACACAGACUCUGCUUAGUGUGCAACGCAUUUCUAGGAUUAUUGGAACACGGAGUUGUGCAAUUAUUGGAAUGGAUGGAACUGGCCGGUCCACGUGCCUCCGUCAAGCGGCAGACAACCUCAGGAUGGUUAUCAUCGAAUUCGAUCCCUUGGUAUCCACGUGGACGAACUUUAUUAUCAAUGCACUCACAAGAUCAGUCUUCAUGGAACGACUUGUAAUCCAACUAAACCAGGAAGAUCUGGAUUCGCCCGAGAUUCUAGAAGACCUAGAAAUGUAUUUUUCGACAGGGCUCGUCCAUAGAAUAGUUGACACAGAUGAAAAGAUUACCUCUCUUGCUGACUACAUCAAGGAGAUGCACAUGGACCUUUACGGAACACUAAUUGAAGCAGCUCAUACGGGAGCCAAUGACCUUUUAAUUAUGUAUCGUCGGAUACUUGCAGAACGCGUUCGGUUUUCUCUGAUACUGAAGGAGGACUAUUACCAUAUGCUUGCAACUGCAUACCCAGUGUUCUUUAAGAAUCUUGGGGUGCUAAUGUUUGACUAUCUUGAUAACUCAACUAUGGCAGUUAUUGUAACGAAACUCAUUCCAGAUCUGAAGCCAGAGAAGUUCCUCUUGGAUCACGUGAUUUCAAAGCUCCACCAUAUAGGAUACGUGGCAAUGCUCGCCUCUAAGGGCAAAAAUCGCGGCUGCAACUUCACUAAGCUCUUUGUUAACUUGACGCUGGCCUAUUUCUCCCACCACAACAGCUACAAGGAGAAGCUAGCUGAGAAGCGUAACUUGUGCUCUAUGUCCCUUGAACUAUAUAAUAUCAUGGGCGUGAUGCUGGAUGUAACAAGCAAGAAAGAAGUCGGUACGAAAGAGCAAUCUAAAGCGCUGGAGCAAAAGAUAGAAGAAAUUGGAGCCCAGUUGAAGGAGGCUAUCCUGCGCCAAGCAGAGGCCUCCCAAAUGGUAGCGCAAGCUGCUGAGAAGGUGGCCUAUGCUAACAAGCAGAUCCACGACUGUUCUUUAAAAGUUGAUAGUAUUCUGAAACCCUAUAUGGGGUCAGUGGAGCUUUCUCAUCAAUACUUGCUGAAGCUAUCGGCAAAAGAGCUAGGAGCAUUUAAGACCUUGACGAGGCCGAAUGAAGUCACACAACUUAUCUUCAAGGUCAUCUAUCUGCUGAUGGAAAAUACUAUUCCAGAAGGCGCUACACUCUAUUCCUAUUGGAUUCCGUGCAGAAAGAUAGUGGCAGCGAACGAUUUUAUUGAUCGUGCGAUUAAUUUAGACACAGCUGCGCUCAAGUCGGACAUAGUUGAUGAGAUUCUUUCUUCUAUCACAUCAUCGUCAUUCACAGCAGAUGCCGCAUCGAAAACAAGUGCAACAAUGGGAAAUCUUAUGGCGUGGUGCAGCUCUGUAUGCAAACUUGUCGCAGCCCAGAAGGAGGCUGCUCCUCUGCAGUCACAACUAGAUCAACUUCGACAGAACGGAGCGGAUGCUGUAUCGUCACAGCAGGUACUAAAGUCACAGCAGGAGCUUGCUGAUAAGACAGUUGUACAAUUACGUGACUCUAUCACACGAUGCAAACUAGAAAUAGAAACAUUAGGCAAGACGGGCGAGAUAAUUAGUGAGCGCACUCGCAGAAUCAAUCUUUUCCUUGGUGCUUUUGCAGACUUGAAGAAGCACUGGGAGACGGUGACAGAGGAUAAAGACUAUAUGCGCACCACUAUCGGAGACAGCUUACUAAUCUGUUCGCUAAUUAAUUACACUGGUUCAAUGUCACUACUCGCAAAGCUAGACUUUUUACUUAAGUGCAAGCAAAUUUUAAGUGCUAAUGGAAUAGCCUAUACAGGAAGUGAAAUCGACAUCGAAAAGGGACACACAUACGAUAUGUCAGAUCCAGAGGUAGUUGCGUCCCAAGUCCUCGGACUCAAGAGACUGCUUAUUACAGAGGAAGAGGAAAUGCAGCUAGUAUGCCGGGGGCUCAGAGCAGAUGAUAAUAUGAUAAUUAGUGCUCAGACGAUCGACUUUGUUGUCAAUGAUUUUCAAUGCUAUCCACUAAUUCACGAUCCCCACGAAUUUCUGCUUCCAUGGCUGAGUGCAUUUUCAACCAAUUCUCUUAGGGCAAAGCAUCUCCUAGCCGGCUUGGCUUCUGCAGCCAUUGAUGGAAAAAUUGGCGAUCAAGAGUCCAUACCGGAAACAGUGUUUCUUAACUCGAGUUCCCGAGACUUCUUCGUUAACCUAAGGGCUCAUCUUGUCAAAGGCUCUGUCGUUAUAGUCCAACUGGCUCCUUCGUUCGAUCAGGCACGAAUAUCAGGGAUUGCAGAGUUACUUUCUCACAUGACAGAUACUCAUACAAAAAUUGUUUUCUACAAUACUCAGAAAGCCAACGAUAGUUUCCAGACUUUGUUCAGUAAAAACAAAGCCAUCAGAGAUUAUAUAUACACGGUCGACAUUACAUCCUACGAUCAACGAAACUAUAUAUUGCUACGCCUAUCUUCUAUCUGCAACCCAGAGAUAGAUUCGUCUAUGGUGAAGCUCUGUGGGGAGUACCUAUCUCUUUACACUUCUCGUGAUCAAGUCGUCGCCCCUCGCUUGUACCAAAUGAUCAAGCAUGUUCAUACGUCAAUGAAAGAUCCAGCGAUUGGCGAGCUAAUACUCGACGAUGUGCAGUACUUCGAUAAAAUGCUGAGUAGUCUAGAGCAAUAUCAGAUUCAAAGUAGCAAUCUUGCGAAACUGAUGCGCAGGGUUCAAGAAAAAGAGGUCCAACGCCAGGAAUACAGCAUUCUGGCCAGUUGCGCUAGCCAUCUUCGCAAUAUAACAGAUCGUUUGACUGACCGCGCUCUGUUUUAUCAAUAUAACUUUGAGAAGGUAUUUGGUUUGAUUGAGUCAACUGCAAAUCAGUAUAUGGAGCAACACAGCACCCAGUUAGUACCGCCAGAGGCUGCAGAAGUGUUGAUUUACGAGGCAAUUUACCUGCUCAUUGCACCCAGUCUUCACACGAAUGAGAAACUUCUUUUCGAGCUCAAUAUGGCGCUUGUAAAAGAACUUGAGGGAAAACUUUCUGGUUUGCGGCACGAUAUUUCAUCCAAUGAUGUUUUGAAGAUAAUUAUCAAAAGCGGAAGUCUCUUGGAUCUGGCAUUGGAUGCGGGUGAAAAUCUUCCGCCGAACAAAUCGCUUAAAAUUACCGAUAGUGCCCUUCAAGCCAUAUCACGAUUAGAGGAUGGCUCUGCUUUUGGCCCAUAUCUGAGUGGUAUCUGCAAACAUAUUCAUGAUCACCCAGAUGCGUGGGACAAGGCGCUGGAUACGAUACGCGCUAUCGGCAACACUGAUCUAGAAGCAUACAAUCCAGACGUCAUCCGGUGUUUUCCAUCCUACAGCGUAACUGCAAAGACGAUGCCACUUGCAAUCUGGCUGGUUAUAACUUAUCACCUAGACAAGAGCAAAUUCAUUGCCGUCGCGAAGUCGUAUAUUAUCAACGUUUUGCCAUUUGCAAAGACAAACAGGAUAAAAGACCACAUUAUAGAUCUUAGACUCAACGGUGAACGAGACUGGAAGCCGUAUUUACUCCUUCAGACAGACCCUCAGAUGAUUUUGGACAUAGAGCAUUUGGCGCGAGCUAGGAAUAUACAUAUAACAAUGCUUCUUGAAAAGCAGAAGUUGAUCGAGUUAUGCACUACUAGGACUUGGGUCCUGCUUCCAGAUAUUCAGUUUCAUGAUGAUCAUGAGUUGCGCUGCCUUAUCCUAAUGGAGCUACCAGCCAUCCAUGCCAGCGGCGGCAUGCAUAGAGAUUUUAAGUUAUUCUUCACCCUAUCAGAUAGCAAGGCCAAGUUAUCCAAUGAUCUGUUGUUGAAUAGCGUUAAGAUAUAUUGGAGUAUGCCUCACAAUAUCAAGCAGAACCUUCUAGCAGUUUAUGAGGACCACUUCAAAGACAUUUACACCAAGUUUGAAGCUGAUGAGAUGGUCUACGGAUCUAUUCUGAACAAGCUCAGCUACUGGCUCCUCUUUGCAUUCUUUGUUCUUAACGAACGCCUGACUGCCUCGUCUAGAAUCAAUGUACUAAGGUUCUAUGAUUCAUUUCACGAGGUAAGGAAUGUGUUCCUACUUGCAAUCCAGUCGCUCAGUCGUCCAAAGGUGGUCACAAAGGGUCCAGGAAUCGUUCUCGGCAUCCCACUUUUGCGCGCUCUAAAUGCAAACAAACACUUUCAAGAGCAAGGAGUCAAGCACUAUGUUCCCACAGAGAUCGAGUGCUGCUCUGUUCUUUCUUUCGAGGGUAUAUAUUACAUCUUUGGAGACCUCUACAUGAAAUCGGAAAUACAAGACCAGUAUGAUGAGGCGUGCUUCGACGCAUUACUACGCAGCAUCAUUACACCGGAACUCUUUGAUUCGGAUAAAUACCGAACUCAUCCUGUCCAUGGGCGAUACAUGAUCAAUCUUCAGAGCCUCUUUAAUAUUUCUCAAAGCUCUAAUGCAAACAUACUUCGCGAUAUAGAGCACUCGGUCACGUCAAUCAACCUUCCAGAAUUAUGGUCUCUCGAUGCGUCCCUCUAUGAUAUACUUGCAUACCGAGAACUCUGCCUGUUUCUCCAAUCCAGUACUUCUUCGCGGCAUGCUCCGUUUACAAAUACAGGCGGCUAUCUGGAAAGCACUCCCCACGGACAUCGACUAGUCAGCGCUGUGGUAGAGGACCAGUGUACCCAGGUCAUUAGCACUGAGGUAUACCGCAGGCGACUAGAAAAGGAAGUUCAGGCUAAUAGUCCGUUAAUGUAUAUCUAUUUGGCAAUUGAGCGAGAUGUUGCUAUUUUUAAUCUUCGCAUUCGUGCAUUCCUACCAAGCAUUCUUCAGCAGUCUAAGAAGUUCAGAACAAUUAUCAAUUACUAUACCAGCAUAGCCACCAAGGGAUUUACAACAGCUCUGAAUCUUGCGACUUUGCAGUCCCCCGCAACGUUCUUCGAUGCACUGCGACUAUACUACGGUCACAACCUUAAUGUGGGCUUUAGUAAGAUCAUCUUGGAUAUUGUUCCGAAGGCCUACUAUUCUCAGAGUAAGGCAGAUGAAGUGCUCAUGGCGGAAUCUAUUGCAGACAUGUCCAGAAUAAGACCAGCUCCGUCUCCGCGACGCUAUGUGGCAAUUGAUGAGGAAAAUGCAACGCUCAGGAUGAUCGGCUUAAGUGCCUCUGAAAGUGCUGUAGAUGAGGCCAUUAAUGCAUCGUUGGUUGGGGUAGACAGCACUUUUGUUAUCAAUGGUGUCUACUUAGGCUGCUUUGGUGAAAGCCCGAGUCCGUAUCUGUCGAGCAGACUCCCAGGUGAUCCUUUCUCUGCGUCCCCCCUCUGUCUUUCUGUGCGAGGACGCGCCGUCCAACCGGGUGAGACAGCCCCUCUACUUAUGUUUGCACACUCGUGGCCACGCGGGGACCCUGUUUGCAGUACGGCUGAUUUUACAGGAACGUUGGAUGAAUGUAACAAGCACCUCGGUCUAUAUAUGCGAAACUACCAACAUGACAAGUGA